GUUCGAGCUUCCUAUUGGUUCUAGGUUCAACAGCGCUGCAUUAUAUUAUACCAGACGCCGUCACAGAAGCACGCAAAGAAAAAAAGAAAGGGCCGCUUCUGGGUGUUGGGUUCGCAGACGGUUGGCCCGUUCGCGCGGCAUCGCCGGUCGUCCACUCGUUGCGGGUGCCUCGCGUUGCCUGCGCGCCAUCUCCAGCAGUUCCGCUCUGCGAUUCUGGUGUUUAUCGGCCACGCCAGCAGCUCCCAAAGGCUUCCUCUCGAGGAGAACUAAACGUGCAGCGGCAUCCAACCCCGGUGGUCUCUCCGAUCCGACUACACCCUAUAAAGGUCAUGGCGUACACUCCGGCCCCAACCCCGACCGUGAUAGUGGUGCCUACACAGUCGCUGACAGCCACGCCGAUGCAGAUGCGCUGCCCACACUGCUGCCAUGAAAUCAUGACGCAGACAAAGAAGACGGUCGGCCUGUGCACCUACAUCAUGGUCGGAGUGUGCUGCUUCUUCUGUUUACCCUGCUUCUGGGUGCCCUUUGUGGUGGACGCGUGGAAGGACACCGCCCACAGCUGCCCCAACUGUCACAUUACGCUGGGAGAGCGCCGGAUGCUGUGAACGCGACGGGACACCGGCCGCCGCCGCCGCCUACGUUAACAGGAAACGGCGCACGGACUGACGCGGCUUCUGCUGUGCGUUGCUGACGGCGAGGAUGACGUGCGGCGGAAGCAGCGGCGACGACCACGUGUCCGCGCUAACCUCGCGCAAGCUUGUCACGUUCACGUGCCAGAGGCAACUCGUGGACUCUGCGUUUUGUGCGCGUGCGAAGAGGGUAGAGCUGUGCGCGCGCAAUGGCUCAUUCCCGCUGCUGUAUUCGUCCGUCUCGUGUGGUCGGCGUCGCACACGCAGACAUAGAGAAAGGCAGUAAUCCACGCCAGUAGGUCUGUCAUACUGAGAUUCCUAAGCGGCGCUGAAAAGGACAAGGGCAGGUGUAAGAACGACCACACACGUUCUCAUAUCCGUCCUUCUCUUUUUAGCCCUACUUAGGAAUCGCAGUUUGACAGGUAUAGAGAAGACGCGAGGAAAAAAUUUGUCGUUCACCUGAACUUUCCUUCGCACUAGUAUUGUACGAGUACUUUGCCUUCAUCAUUUCUGCGGAACUAGUAUGUGUGGUUGCACUAUAAAAAAUGUGCCAGUGUUUGAGCUCAGAAAGAAAGCAAGUGAACGUAAAGGCUACGCGUUUUCAGGAAAUCACAUUUCGGCAAUAAUCUCCCGUAAAUUCUAUUCAGUAACUUACGUUGUGAUUAACUUGGAGACAUUCUUCGUGGACAUUUUCGUUUCAACUGGUGGCAAUUAGUUCGGCAUCUUCCUUGAAGACCACUCUCAGUAAACAUCUUGCAAUUGA